AUGUUGUUUACUCCUUCUCCGCCUCUUUUCUCGCAAUCGGUAUCGUCAUCAGUAGGAAACGAGUCGCCGUCAACUCGUACAGCUCUAGUCUAUAGUCCUCAUGAUGGUGAGAAUCGACUACAUACCGUUUCCUUAUCAAAUAACGCGACAAUUUUAGCCAAUGGAACGACCAAUAAUCGUUUAUUAUCAGCAAGUCAAUCGCCCGAUCAAGAUUAUUUCUAUUCUCCGUUAUCAUCAUCAUUAUCUGCUUGUCCUUCAAUUCAUUUAAUACGACCCAAAAUAAAAACAAACAUUAAAUUAUCGAAAUCACAUCGCGGUGAUUCGUGUCCUGUUCUACGCAUCGAUAAAAGUAUAAAGAAUUCGUAUUUUCCUACAAGUAUAUCAUCUUCUAGUCGUAAUGUGCUCAUGGCUACAAUGGGAAAAACAGAUCCAACCAUCUAUCAUUCUGAAGACAUAUUACAAUUACCCAGAGCACAUAUUAUGUCUGGCAAUACGAUCUUACCGGUAGCAAAUCCAGCUGCCUUUAUCAAACAUAAUGAAUUAGAAAUUGUUGAAGAACAACCAGCUACAUCUAUCAUACCAUCUCCAUUAGGUACACCGAAAAACAGUGAAAAUUUUCAACGAGCAUCUACUGAUUAUUCGGCAAAUGUCUAUCCAUUUAAUAUUAAUAUUACUCGUAAAGUUACUUUAAAUGUUGGUGGUGUUAGACAUGAAGUUUUAUGGCAUACACUUUCUCGUCUACCAAAUACUCGGUUAGGUCGUUUGGCAAAAUUGCGUCAAACAACAUUGUCAACAACACGCCUAAUGCCACAUGAUGAAGUAAUGCGUUUAUGCGAUGAUUAUGAUUUAUCAAGUGGAGAAUAUUUUUUUGAUCGUCAUCCACGUACAUUUUCAUCAAUUAUUAAUUUUUAUCGCACGGGAAAACUUCAUUUAGUUGACGAUCUAUGUGUAAUAUCUUUUCAUGAUGAUUUACAGUAUUGGGGUAUCGAUGAAUAUUAUUUAGAAUUAUGUUGUCAAAAUAAAUAUCAUCAAAAAAAAGAUCAUGUUUUAGAAGAAAUGAGAAAAGAAGUUGAAUUAUUAAAAGUUGAAAAAGAAGAAAGUAUUAGUGAUCGUUGUUGUUCGCAGACGAGAAAAAGAAUUUGGGAUCUUGUCGAACAUCCGCAUACAUCGAAAGGCGCUCGAAUUAUUGCAUUUGUCAGUAUUUCAUUUAUCCUGCUGUCUUCAUUUACGAUGACAUUAAGUACUAUUGAAGGUAUUGGUUGUGCACCAAAUAUUACCGAUCCAGAAGUUACUGUUGAUAGUUCAGCAUCGGUUGGUGCCGAUGCUGUUCGUAUAGCUGCUCAAGCUGCAGCAAAAGAGUUAGCAGCUGAACAUCAUGAAAGUGUUAGUAAUUGUCGUGAACCUUUAUUUUUAUUUAUUAUUGAAACUAUAUGUAUAUCAUGGUUUACAAUUGAAUAUAUUAUACGUGUAUUUGCAACGCCGGAUAGAUGUAAAUUUUUCAAAGGUGUUUUAAAUACAAUCGAUCUUAUUGCUAUUGUACCAUUUUAUAUUUCGAUUAUACUCGAAACAAUGGAUACGGGUAAUUUAAAAAAUAUAAAAUCUGUUCGUAAAGCUGUACAAGUAUUUCGUGUUUUACGUAUAAUGCGUAUACUUAAAUUGGCACGUCAUUCAACCGGUCUUCAAUCGUUAGGUUAUACAUUAAGACGAAGUUAUAAAGAAUUAUCUAUGCUUCUGAUGUUUUUGGCUAUAUUUAUAUUAUUAUUUUCAAGUUUAGCUUAUUUUGCUGAAAGAGAUGGAAAUGCUAUACAAUUUCGUUCGAUUCCACAUGCAUUUUGGUGGGCGAGUAUUACAAUGACGACAGUAGGUUAUGGUGAUAUCUAUCCGAAAUCGGUGUGGGGUAAACUAAUUGGCGCCGUAUGUUGUGUUUGCGGCGUGCUUGUUAUUGCUUUACCAAUCCCAAUUAUCGUUAAUAAUUUUGCUGAAUAUUAUAAAGAACAGCUACGUCGUGAAAAGGCUUUAAAGCGUAAAGAAGCGAUUGAUCGUGCAAAAAAAAAUGGCUCGAUUGUAUCGAUUCCAUCACAUUCUGCAUCAAAUUUAUCAAAUGCAGAUUAUAAUAUACGUCGUUUAAGUAUACUAAAAGAUUCAUCCAAUCCACCACCGGCCAACGAUGAACCAUUAUAUGAUCCAGGAUGUUAUGAACGAAAAACUCCAUUAUCAUCAUUGGUGUAUAUUCCGCAUACAACUGAGUUCCAUACUGAAAUUAAUGAAAAUAAUCAUAAUCUAACAAAAGAAAACGAUCAAGACGUAAAACAAGCACUAAUUACUAACAUAGAUAUUCCAAUGGAUGGUAAACAAAAAGAAAAAAUUUUCAACAGAUAA